UUCAGCGGCAGUGAAAUUCAUAGUUUGAAAUAUGUCACACUUCUCACCUCCAGAAUCCAAAAAAAGAUUAGACGUGUCAUGAGUCUGGUAAAAUAAUCAUUGCUGUUAUUUGAACAGCAGGAGGCGAACUAUUGUAGCCAGAGUUGAUUGUAGUCUACAUAGCCUACUCAUCGGGAUUCAGGAAACGACACGGACACGGUCGCCGUACAGACGUGAUGGACUCUGAUCCAGGUGGCAAGAAGAAGAGGAGGAUAGACUCCAAAGAGGGCGUGUCUUCAUCGGACACUGACAGUGUCCAGCAGGGGGCGUCAGGCACAGAGUCCAAGAGGCCAGAUGGGACCCGGGUCAGAGGACAGAGGGACUCUACUGCAGGACACAGAUGGACACCAGAGGAGGCAGAGGUCCAUGAGAAACAUCGAUCAACACUGAAGAGCAAGUUUCAGCAUCUGAAUGAGGGAGUACCUAAUCAGGGAGAAACCAGACUCCUCCAUGAGAUCUACACAGACCUCUACAUCAUAGAGGGGGAAAGAGGAGGGGUCAAUGAUGAACAUGAGGUCAGACAGAUAGAGAGAGCAUCCUGGAGAGAAGCAGCACAAAGCAGGCCAAUCAAAUGCAGUGACCUCUUUAAACCCUUCUCUGGACAUCACAAACCCAUCAGAACAGUGCUGACAAAAGGAGUGGCUGGCAUUGGGAAAACAGUCUCUGUGCAGAAGUUCAUCCUGGACUGGACUGAAGGAGAAACCAAUCAGGAUGUCCACUUCAUAUUUCCUCUUCCUUUCCGAGAGUUGAACCUGAUGAUGGACAAGCAGCUUAGUCUGGUGGAGCUUCUUCAACACUUUUUCCCAGAAAUAAAAGAUUUGAAAAUCCUCACCAACUCAAAGCACAAAGUCAUGUUCAUCUUUGAUGGUCUUGAUGAGUGUCGACUUCCUCUAGAUUUCCGUUCCAACCUGAGUUGUUGUGAUGUGACAGAGCCAGUUUCAGUGAAUGUACUGCUGACAAACCUUAUCAAGAGAAAUCUGCUUCCCUCUGCUCUUCUCUGGAUUACCACCCGACCAGCAGCAGCCAGUCAGAUCCCUCCUGAAUAUGUGGAUCAGGUGACCGAAAUAAGGGGAUUCAAUGGCCCACGGAAAGAGUACUUCAAGAAGUACUUUAAAACAAGAACCAGUGAUGAGAACCUGGCCAGCAGAACCAUCACACACCUGAAGUCAUCCAGGAGCCUCUACAUCAUGUGCCACAUUCCAGUCUUCUGCUGGAUUUCAGCCACUGUGGUAGAGAGAGCAUCAUUUGAAUCAGAAAAAGUAGGAAUGCCAAGAACUCUCACUCAAAUGUACACUCACUUCCUGAUCAUUCAGACAAGCAUAACAAAUGUCAAGUACACAGAGAGAAAAGAGACAGAUGAAGAGAUAGUUUUCAAACUGGCGAAGAUGGCUUUCCAGCAGCUGGAGAAGGGUAAUCUGAUCUUCUAUGAGGAAGACCUGAGAGAAUGUGGCAUUAAUGUUGCAGAAGCAUCAGUGUACUCAGGAGUGUGUACUCAGAUCUUCAGAGAGGAGUAUGGGCUGUACCAGGGGAAGGUGUUCAGCUUUGUGCAUCUAAGCAUUCAAGAGUUUCUUGCAGCUGUUUAUGUGUUCCUCUGCUUCAGACACACAGAGAGAAGCAUGUCUGACCAACAGCAAACCUCUCAGCUCUCUGCUCUGUUCAGAGCUGCAACACUGCAUGAUCUACACAAGACUGCAGUGAACCUGGCCUUACAGAGUGAGAACGGACAUCUGGACCUUUUCCUCCGCUUCCUUUUGGGCCUCUCACUGGAGUCCAAUCAGGAACUCUUAAUGCACCUACUGACACAGACAAGAAGUCAACCACAGAGCUAUGAACAAACAGUCCAGUAUAUCAAACAGAAGAUCAGAGAUGAAGAUGAUUCAGACAGAAAGAUCAAUCUGUUCUACUGUCUGAAUGAGCUGAACCACCAUGCUGUAGUGGAGGUGAUUGACAAGAGCUCUGGAACUCUGUCUGUAGACACACUCCUACCAGGAAAGUGGGAGACUAGCAGAUUUGAGUUUAAGAUUCCAGAGGAGCAGCUGGAUGAGUUUGACCUGCAGAAGUACAUAAAGACACCAGAGACUGAUGAGACUGAACUCCUCAGUCCAGAUGAAGUUCUUCAGAGGCUGCUUCCAGUGGUCACAUCAGCACGGUAAAUUGACCGGUAAUCUGGGACAUUGUGGUGGCCCUGAUUACAGGGUGUCCUGCACACACAGUGUCAAUAUCCUGACAUCCCA